AUGAUAAGAGAGAAUUGUGGAGAAAUUGUAGUAUACAAAAAUGAUAAGUCAAUUGUAUUAUAUAACCAAACUGGACAAAUCAGAGCUCUACCAAUCUACAACAUCACUCAAAAUAACACUGAUAAUGUAUGUCCGUUUUGUGGUAGUGUUUUGAGUGGAGAGAAGUAUAAUUAUAUUGCCAAGGCUUAUUUCUAUCUCUUACAGAACUCAUUUCAAACCUUCUCAAGCCAGAAUAAUUACCCCAAUGACGUCAACAUCUCCUCACUAGAAUUACACGAAAAUUACAACCCAAACACUGCUAACACUGACACAUUCAACGGGAACGGAUUUGGUAGUGGAACUGGUGAUAGAAUUGGCGAGAAUGGACUUCGUGGUUACUUGAUAAGAAAUGACAGUUUCUCGAGAGAUGAGGACCAAUCACAAAGUGACUAUAAAGUAGUUGAUGAUAGUGAGGUGGACGUAAUGGAGCUAAUGGAGUUACCGAAGAAUAUCCCGAAAUAUUUAUUAAUAACGGGAUAUUAUAAGAGAUUUUUCAUUGAAGGACCGAAAUUAGGUUCCGGCUCCUACGGUCACGUCUACAAUUGUAUACACAUCCUCGAUGAACUCGUUCUCGGAGAAUAUGCGGUGAAGAAAAUCCCUAUUGGAGAUGAUAUGGAAUGGUUAAAAAAGGCGAUAAAGGAAAUAAAAAUAAGAGAAAACAUAAAGCAUAAGAAUGUAGUUGACUAUAACCAUUCCUGGUUAGAAAUGUACAGAAUGAAUGAAUUGUGCCCUUACAUUCCUUACCUCUUCAUUCUCAUGGAAUAUUGUAACGGUGACAAUCUAUACAAUUUUAUACAAAAAAUAUACAAAGGGGAGGAUUUACGUGAUUCCGAUAGUAUUUCCCGUGUGUCAGGUGAUGAUGUGAAUUAUCUGUCUGAUGACGAGGUGAUGAUAAUAUUUAUUGAUGUGUUGAAUGGGUUAAAUUAUUUACAUAAGAAUUUUAUAAUACACAGGGACUUAAAACCGUCAAAUAUCUUACUUAAAUAUGGUAAUGAUAGUAUUACGGUUAUGAUUUCCGAUUUCGGUACCUGCCAAGUCUUCUCACAAAAGUCAACCAAGUCAGGCUUCACCGGUACCAUAGAGUAUACUGCACCGGAACUCUUGAUUUCAUAUUACAACACUUUUAAACCCACCGAUACUACAGUGGAUAGUGUGGGUGAUACCCUGGAUACAGUGGAGGUAUUAGAGGAUAAAAUAGAUUUAUGGAGUUUGGGAGUGAUAUUAUACUACGUAUCAUAUGGAGCGUUACCGUUUUAUUCUAGUGAUAUGAAGGAAUGUGUCAAGUUAAUUAUUUACUCGAAACUUAAAACCCCUGCACAUCCUAAAAGAUCCAAACUCAUACACAACAUCAUACAUAACCUACUCUCCAAAAACAGCGGGAAUCGUAUGAGUUGUGAUGAUUUGUUGAGUAUUCCUGAUAUUAAUAAAUACUUGGGAAACACGGAAUUCAAUCAACAAAUCAGAUCACAAAUAUGCCAACGCUUCUCCACACAAUAACAUCAAUAUAUAAAAUUUUAUAUAGUUUAAAUUUUACAUAUUAAUUGUUAGAGAGGUAAUUUUUGUUAAAAUUGUUGAUGAUGCUGUUGUCAGAAUCGUAAUCUACAUCGUGAAAAUCGUCAUCCGUCUGGUCACUGACACUACUACCAACUUUCGUGAUACUAUUCCCAACUUUAGUGAUACUAUUCCCAACUUUGGUGAUACUAUCGCCAACACUGUUGGGAUCACGUGUGUUUAAAGAGUUGAUGAGAAGUUGGUAAUUUGAUUCUUGGGAAUAUUUGACGUUGUUCAUGUGAACCUGGAUGAAAAUGGCAAUUUCAUCAGGUCUAGUUAGAUAUGGAAAAUCACCGCCACUCUUCAAAUAACCAACUUUAGAAUUCGAAUACCUACACAAUGGUAUGGGUAUAAGGUUAAAAAUGCAUAGACAACCCAAAUUUGGUAACUAUCAACUUUUACUUAACUACGGA